GGGGUCGGAAUAAAAGGGCUGGAAUAAAAGGGGGGGCAGAAAAGGCGCCGGCCGGGCCCGAUACACACCAGGAGGAGCCGGGUGGCUGCAGAGCCCGAGCCCGAGCCGGGCCGCCGCGCCUCGCCUCGCCUCGCCAUGGCGCCCACCCUGGCCACUGCCCAUCGGCGCCGCUGGUGGAUGGCCUGCACCGCCGUGUUGGAAAACCUCCUCUUCUCGGCAGUCCUCCUGGGCUGGGGUUCGCUGCUCAUCAUGCUCAAGUCGGAGGGCUUUUACUCCUACCUGUGUACUGAGCCAGAAAAUGUCACCAACAGCACAGUGGGGGCCACGGCAGAGCCAGAACACGAGGAGAUGAGCCGGAUGAAUGGCUGGCUCAGCUGCAAGGCCCAGGAUGAGAUACUAAACUUGGCCUUCACUGUGGGCUCCUUCCUGCUCAGUGCCAUCACCCUGCCCCUGGGCAUCGUCAUGGACAAGUAUGGCCCGAGGAAGCUCAGGCUGCUGGGCAGUGCCUGCUUUGCUGUCUCCUGCUUGCUGAUCGCAUAUGGAGCAAGUAACCCAAACUCCCUCUCCGUGCUCAUCUUCAUCGCCCUGGCUCUGAAUGGCUUUGGUGGGAUGUGCAUGACUUUCACCUCGUUAACACUGCCCAACAUGUUUGGUGACCUUCGGUCCACGUUUAUUGCUUUGAUGAUUGGAUCCUAUGCCUCCUCGGCAGUCACCUUCCCAGGAGUCAAGGUCAUCUAUGACUUCGGUGCCUCCUUCAUCGUCAUCCUCGUGGUCUGGGCCGGCUGCUCUGGGCUGGUUUUCCUCAACUGCUUCUUUAACUGGCCCCUGGAGCCCUUCCCGGGGCCAGAGGACAUGGACUACACGGUGAAGAUCAAGUUCAGCUGGCUGGGCUUUGACCACAAGAUCACAGGCAAGCAGUUCUACAAGCAGGUGACCACGGUGGGGCGCCGCCUCAGCGUGGGCAGCUCCAUGCGGAGCGCCAAGGAGCAGGCCGCGCUGCAGGAGGGCCACAAGCUGUGCCUGUCCACCGUGGACCUGGAGGUCAAGUGCCAGCCCGACGCCACAGCGGCCCCCUCGUUCAUGCAGAGCGUGUUCAGCCCCAUCCUGCUGCUCAGCCUGGUCACCAUGUGCGUCACGCAGCUCCGCCUCAUCUUCUACAUGGGCGCCAUGAACAACAUCCUCCAGUUCCUGGUCAGCGGCGACCAGGACGUGGUCGGCCUCUACACCUCCAUCUUCGGGGUGCUCCAGCUGCUCUGCCUGCUGACAGCCCCCGUCAUCGGCUACAUCAUGGACUGGAGGCUGAAGGAGUGUGAGGACGCCUCUGAGGAGCCGGAGGAGAAAGACGCCAGCCAAGGUGAGAAGAAGAAGAGGCGGGACCGGCAGAUCCAGAAGAUCACCAACGCCAUGCGGGCCUUCGCCUUCACAAACCUGCUGCUCGUGGGCUUUGGGGUGACCUGUCUCAUCCCCAAUCUGCCUCUACAGAUCCUCUCCUUCAUCCUGCACACCAUCGUGCGAGGAUUCAUCCACUCUGCCGUCGGGGGCCUCUACGCCGCCGUGUACCCCUCCACGCAGUUUGGCAGCCUCACAGGUCUGCAGUCCCUGAUCAGUGCACUCUUCGCUCUCCUGCAGCAGCCCCUGUUUCUGGCUAUGAUGGGUCCCCUCCAAGGAGACCCUCUGUGGGUGAACGUGGGGCUGCUUGUCGUGAGCAUGCUGGGCUUCUGCCUCCCUCUCUACCUCAUCUGCUACCGGCGCCGGCUGGAGCGGCAGCUACAGCAGAAGAGGGAGGACCACAAGCUUUUCCUCAAGCUCAACGGCUCGUCCAACCCGGAGGCUUUCGUGUAGCGCCCACCGCCUGGGAACUGUGGCCUCCCGCCCUGGCUCCAGUGACUCCCCGGUGUCCUCCUCCCCACCCCCGGAGGACCUCCACACACCCCCAGGAUCCUGUCUUUCACCACGCUGGAGCCCACGCUCCCUCCCGGGGCCCUGGUCCUGCCUUGGAGCUCCGCGGUGGGAGGACGGGAGAGGGCCUGGACGGGCGCUUCUCCUGCUGGAGGCAGGGGCGCUCUGCACUUUGCUCUGCCACCCUCGGCGGGGGGGGGGCGGCUUGGAGCCUCGGGGCUCCGUGGUGCCUGCAGGAGGACCCCAGGCAGGCAGGCCCUCUCCCCACAAAGUGUGUCCGGAUUCUGCCUCUUGGCAAAGCAGAGGCGUCUGCCAUCCACUGCCCGCCACCUGCCGCUCGGCUGCAUGUCCAGCGACCACGCCUGCCUGAGGACAAAGGCUUGCGCUGUCUGCACCCCCCUCGCCUGGCCCCUCACCUCCUCCCCCGGCCGGUCUGAGCUGCCUGCGGAAGGAAGGACCCGCUUCCUGUUGCUGGUGCUACAACUCCUUCGUGAUUCCAGCCCCCUGUGGCCUGUCCCUGGCCUGUCCUCCUGUUCGAGGCCUGUGGAGGAGCCCCCCUGGCUUAAAGCCUGGGGAGUGGACGGAGGGCUGAACGGUCCCAUGUGGUCACGUGAGCCAUGGUCAAGGCCGAGCCGCCGUCUCUUCCCUCCUCCCUCAGGCCCUGAGCCGGGGGCACGUUUCCGCUGCCACCCUCUGUCCAGUCUGUGACCUGAAGGGAGUGAAAGGGACACCAGCAGGGUGCCACCCACACCCACACCCACAGCUGUUUUUGUGGGGGUGGAAGUCAGGCUGUGGCUGCCAGACGUGGAGGUCCAGGCCUGGGUGGGGAGGUAGGAUUGUGAGAGGCCCAGGGUGUGUGUACGUGUGCCGUGUGUAAGACACGUGUGUGGUGGGGGGUAGGGGUGGGGGGUGGGCUAUGGGUGCCUCCCCUUGUCCUCCCAGAGCCAGCCAGGCCCACGGCAAGGCCAGCUUGGCUCAGGAUGGGGAGCGUGUCCCCGGCUGCAGGGCCACAGCGCCCCCUGCUGGCAGACGCUCCCAGGGCCCUGGCGCUGUUCACGUGGGCAAGGCCACCCCCCUCUGCCAGGCGGGCCUGGCUUACCUACCCACCCACGUUGACGACCCUCAGAAAUUGUCUGAGGCGUCCCGGGAGCUCUGAGAGGGGUGGAUUGAUUUUUAGGUGUUUUUUUUUUUUUUCCUUUGAAGUUUUAUCAGACUCCUUUUUAUAAAGCAAUAAAUCCAUUUUCCUCCUGGUAA